UACGGGUCAGCAACCGCUGCGAGAGACUGCGAGCAACAGAGCUGAGAGGACUGAGACUGAGCUAGAGGAGGAUACGCAUACUUCUCAGAAGAACAACUAAUCUACCAUGAAGUCGACUUGCCUGCUCAUCUUGGCUUCUCUAGUGGUCUACAACUUGAAUGUGUGCGUAGGACAAGGUCUCCCCGCUGAGGACGAGACAGACCGAGUGACCAUAGACGACAUAAUCCUACAGAGAGCAGAGAGUCUCCUGUUGAGGUCCAUUCUCAGUAAGAUGCAGGAAGAAGACGGCAGAAACGAAGGAUCUUCCUCUCAGACGGCAUGGGUGUCAAAACGACAGCAUCCCGGUAAAAGGUACAUUGAGGAUUUGGAGAAGCGGCAGCAUCCGGGGAGGAGAGAAGAAGACGAGGAUGAACAGUACUUGGAUGUUCAAAGGAGACAGCACCCAGGCAAACGCGAAGAUGCAAUGCACUCAUUGAUGGAGCUCCAGAAAAGGCAGCACCCUGGAAAGCGCUUCACCACAGGACACAAUUCAGAAAACCCCGUGAUGCUCCUGAGUGAACUUUCAAAACGACAGCACCCGGGUAAGCGCUAUCUGGUGCUACACAGCAAACGCCAGCACCCAGGAAAGCGCCAACCCGAGGAUGAGGACAGCGAGGGGGAUUGGGAUGCUGAUACAGAUGGAGACGAAGACCUUGCUGAGUUAGAAAAGCGCCAACACCCGGGGAAACGGUUUUGGGAUAACUCCUCUCCGGAUAUAGGCACAAACAGUCCGUGUGAUGUAUUGGAACCUACGAGCUGCAGCAAGACCAGUUUACUGCUCGACUUUUUAGACAACAUUAACAAGAGCCAUGCCGAGGAGAAGAGACAACACCCGGGCAAAAGGUUUGCACCCGAGGAGGAUUUAGUGGAAGGAGAGUAGGUUAAACUGAAGUCUGGUGUGCGAUACUGCUGUAAAGUAAACUAAUAAAUGUGUAAAUUAUGUGACCAUAAUAAAUUAUUGUAAACGAAAAAUAAAUUUCAUCAUUUAACCUUUCGCGGGUUUGCUUUGGCACACAGUCACUGUACCAUUUGCAUAAAACAUGUAUCUGCUGUAUGUUUCUAUGGAGAGCUUGUGCGUAAACGUCCACCUAACUAUAUCGUUGAAAAUAAGGUUCUCAGAAGAGCGCUUGCACUGUGUUUACCUUUAUUAAGGAAUUAUUGUUACACCUUGAUUUUACUUUUUUCCUUAACCAAACCACUCAUAAUGAAAUCAAGUGCACGCAUGAAAGCAUUAGUCUUCUCGGUUUUGCGAUGUCGCCUCUGUGAGGCAACACACGCUUGUCAGUACAGUAAAAUACUGUACGACUGAUCCAAUUGGCUAAAGUUCCCAGUUAAGAAUUAUAGAUGGACUUGUGUUUCAUUGUUUUAUGUAAAAACAUAAUUAUUAUCACAUAUAAUGAAAUGUAUCAAUGAUUACUUUUUUUUAAUUAUUGCAAUGAUUGAGUUUAUUUUACCUUAAUGUUGUACAUUUAAAGCUACCUUUGCCUUACAGUC